AUGGUGGAUGACGGGCGAUCACUCAAGCGACAGAAGCUCACUCCAGUAGAAAAUAUCUCUCGGACUACCACAGCUCCAAGGCAUCCUCGCGUUGACAAACUCGGCUUCUAUUUGUCGCAAUUAAAAGGCACUCCAGAGACUCACAACUUGCAUGCCAAGAGCCUAAAGAAUGACCUUUUAAUGGGAGACUUUUCUCGUUGUUUAUUAACUAAUUACAUGUUUGAUCUCCAGUGGCUCUUUACCGAGUGUCCACGACUAAGACAAGUGCCGGUGCUAUUGGUGCAUGGAGAGAGGGAUCGACAGAGAAUGAUGAAGGAAUGUCACGAGUAUACGAAUGUCACACCCGUGGCUCCACCUUUGCCGAUUCCUUAUGGAACGCAUCAUACCAAAAUGUUGGUAGCAUUGUACGCAGAAAAGGUUCGGGUAGCGAUUUUUACUGCCAAUUUUUUGUCAAAUGACUGGAACACAAAGACACAGGGAGUGUGGUACCAGGACUUUGGUCUUAAGGUUCUUACUGACAGUGAAGAUGAAGAGAAGAAAGAAGAAUCUGUUAGAAGGAGCGCCACUCUUGCUGAUUUUGAGACUGAUUUGGUCGAAUAUUUGUCGUCACUUGGAGACCAAGUCAAGAGGUUUUGUAGAGAGUUGAAAUAUUACGACUUUUCGACGGCGCGCGUCCUAUUGGUGCCGUCGGUUCCAGGAGUCCAUAAAGGAAAAGAUAUGGAGAAAUACGGACAUCUUCGUGUGCGCAAACUUUUGAAAAUGUACAAAGUUCCUCGGACAGACAACCCAUUGAUUUGCCAGUUUUCUAGCUUGGGUUCGCUUGACGAGAAAUGGGUGUUCGGGGAGUUCGCGGAGAGCUUUUUACCAGGAAAAAAGGAUGUGUCCUCAACCUUUAUGCCUGUUGAAGCACUUCAUAUCAUUUGGCCCUCGGUCAAAGAUGUCCAAAACUCACUUGAGGGAUGGAACUCAGGACGAUCAAUACCGUGCCCGCUCAAGAACAUGAAACCUUUCUUGCACAAAUACCUCCGAAAAUGGUCACCUCCGCCAGCUCUUCAUCGGCAAAAUGCAAUGCCGCAUAUUAAGUCGUACGCUCGCUUUAACCCGAGUGAGGAAGGAGCUGGUGAGCUGGACUGGGCUAUCGUGACCAGCUCCAACUUGAGUAAAGCUGCGUGGGGCACGUUUCAGAAGAAUAAGACGCAAUUCAUGAUUCGGUCGUAUGAGCUCGGCGUAAUGUUCCUGCCACCGGUAUUAGGGCGUGAAAAGGAUGGAACUCUACCGCGUCUUGUGACAAUUGGAAGUAGAGCUGCUGAUCAUUUCAGUGUUGCAGUACCUGGAAACCUUAUAGUGGAGUCACUGCCACUGCCGUAUAACUUUCCGUUGACUACCUAUGAUCCUAGGAAGGACGAGCCCUGGGUCUGGGAUCUUGUGCGAGAGAGCCCAGAUAUCUUCGGGAAUGUUUACACCCGCACUAGAAAUACCGAAGAUGAACGCUGA